GCAACGAUAUUCAGAAACGCUCUGUGGUUUGCGAUUGUCAUAAGUGCAAGUCUCUAAGAACCUAACGCAUCAUCAUGGAACAGUGGUCCGACAAAGUUGCCCUCAUCACAUGCGCCAGUUCCGGGGUCGGCAAAUGCCUAGCGGAAUCUAUGGUCAACAAGGGAAUGAAAGUCAUUUGCAUGGCCAACCAAAUCGACAAAAUGAAGUCGCUUGCCGAGGAGUUGAAAUCAAAAUCUGGAAAACUGCUUCCACUUCAAUGCGACCUUGCUAACCAGAACGACAUCGCUCGUGUCAUGGACUGGAUUGAAAAGAAUUUAGGAGCCGUAGAUAUUCUGAUUAACAACGCUGCCCUUAGCACUGACAAUAAUAUGAUUCAAAAUAGUAACAUGGAAGACUGGAAGAAAAUCAUGGACACGAACUUGGUCGGAUUGGCUUCGAUAACGAAGGAAGUUUUGAAGCUGAUGAAGAAGCAAGGAAUUAAUAAUGGUAUAAUCGUGAAUAUCAAUGAUGCCCUGGCACAGAAACUACCCAACAGACCCGACCGCCCGUUGUCUCCUGCUAACAUCGUCAGCAAAGCUGCUCAAUCUGCUCUGACGGAACUGCUCCGAAUGGAACUGGCGCAACAAGACUCGAACAUCAAAGUCAUCUCUAUUUCUCCCGGCUUGGUGGAGACUGAACAGAACACGCAAUGGUUGAAAGAGAAUGGGCGUCAAGCUUUGAAACCCAGAGACGUGGCCGACUGUAUUCUACUCGCGAUACAAACUCCUAACAACGUUCUGAUUAAAGAAAUGAUCAUCACACCGUUGCGCGAAAUGCUGUGAAAAAGACAGUAGGAGCAUUGUUCAUCACUUUGUCAAACAUACAAUACAAGCGACGAUUAUAAAUAUAUGUAAAAUAAAUAUUUUAGAAAAUA